UGUUGUUAUCGCCGUGCGUUUAAGAGCGCAUCAAAACAGCGGGUCAAGUUUAUUGUCUCAGCUGCUUUUGCGACGAAGCUGACAACAUGAUACCGAGUAUAAAUAUCAGCCCUAACUUUGGUUUCGGACACUGCAGUUUCAGUAUUUGCAACAUGAAGUUCUUCGCUCUCUUUGCUUUUGUCCUGGCCUUAGUGGCGAUGGCUAUGGGUGAGUUACAGGAUUCGGUUAAAAAUUAAAGAAGCAAUACCACAUGCCUGCAAUCACCCAUGCCUGAACCUCUGCCCGGUGGUGGUGGCGGCGGCGGUGGCGGUGGUGGUCUCACCUUUGAAGAGCUCGGUGGAGGCGGCGGCGGCGGUGGUGGCGGUGGUCUCAACCUUGAGCUCGGCGGAGGCGGUGGUGGUGGCGGCGGCGGUGGCGGUGGUGGUCUCACCUUUGAAGAGCUCGGUGGAGGCGGCGGCGGCGGUGGUGGCGGUGGUCUCAACCUUGAGCUCGGCGGAGGCGGUGGUGGUGGCGGCGGCGGUGGCGGUGGUGGUCUCACCUUUGAAGAGCUCGGUGGAGGCGGCGGCGGCGGUGGUGGCGGUGGUCUCAACCUUGAGCUCGGCGGAGGCGGUGGUGGUGGCGGCGGCGGUGGCGGUGGUGGUCUCACCUUUGAAGAGCUCGGUGGAGGCGGCGGCGGCGGUGGUGGCGGUGGUCUCAACCUUGAGCUCGGCGGAGGCGGUGGUGGUGGCGGCGGCGGUGGCGGUGGUGGUCUCACCUUUGAAGAGCUCGGUGGAGGCGGCGGCGGCGGUGGUGGCGGUGGUCUCAACCUUGAGCUCGGCGGAGGCGGUGGUGGUGGCGGCGGCGGUGGCGGUGGUGGUCUCACCUUUGAAGAGCUCGGUGGAGGCGGCGGCGGCGGUGGUGGCGGUGGUCUCAACCUUGAGCUCGGCGGAGGCGGUGGUGGUGGCGGCGGCGGUGGCGGUGGUGGUCUCACCUUUGAAGAGCUCGGUGGAGGCGGCGGCGGCGGUGGUGGCGGUGGUCUCAACCUUGAGCUCGGCGGAGGCGGUGGUGGUGGCGGCGGCGGUGGCGGUGGUGGUCUCACCUUUGAAGAGCUCGGUGGAGGCGGCGGCGGCGGUGGUGGCGGUGGUCUCAACCUUGAGCUCGGCGGAGGCGGUGGUGGUGGCGGCGGCGGUGGCGGUGGUGGUCUCACCUUUGAAGAGCUCGGUGGAGGCGGCGGCGGCGGUGGUGGCGGUGGUCUCAACCUUGAGCUCGGCGGAGGCGGUGGUGGUGGCGGCGGCGGUGGCGGUGGUGGUCUCACCUUUGAAGAGCUCGGUGGAGGCGGCGGCGGCGGUGGUGGCGGUGGUCUCAACCUUGAGCUCGGCGGAGGCGGUGGUGGUGGCGGCGGCGGUGGCGGUGGUGGUCUCACCUUUGAAGAGCUCGGUGGAGGCGGCGGCGGCGGUGGUGGCGGUGGUCUCAACCUUGAGCUCGGCGGAGGCGGUGGUGGUGGCGGCGGCGGUGGCAAGUAAAUCGCACAGCCAUAAACUACAUAGUUUAACACAUUCUUAAUUAAUUUUACUGUGUGGCCGAAGGAUUUAGAACAAAUUAUUACAUUAAUAAAUCUAAUUUGAUAAACAAAAUAUAAUGAGUGCUUUUGA